AUGGCUGCACCACUUUAUACAACUGCUUCUGGAAGGCUUUGGCAUGCGGGAAAUAUCCUGAUUGUUUGCGUUGGCCUUCCAGCUAGAGGAAAGACUCAUAUCGCUCGUGCGAUUGAACGAUAUCUGCGAUGGAUGGGUGUCAAGAUUAAAGUGUUUUCACUGGGGGAUUAUCGUCGUCGGUUGCUUGGUGGUGCACAGCAACUCCCUCCAGAUUAUUUCACAUUGGGAGAAAAAUCACCCGAAACAGCAAAGCUGAGAACAAGUAUACGAGAAGGAUGUGAGCAAAUGGUCGUUGACUUUUUCAAUAAGGAGGGAGGCCAGGUUGCGAUUUACGACGCCAAUAAUGGGACGAAACAAAGUAGGAAAACUGUAGGAGAAAGGUUCGAAAAGCUCGGCGUUCAUGUGAUCUUCCUUGAAUCUAUGUGUGACAAUCAGGAUAUUGUUAUAUCUAACAUCCGUAGUGUGAAGAUAUCAUCACCCGAUUAUAAAGGAUGGGAUCCCGAGAAAGCCAUUGAAGAUUACAUGUUGCGUAUCAAAGAUCACGAGAUACACUACGAAGAAGUCGAUGAGACCAACUGGCCCCAUAUCAAGAUUAUUAACGUCGGGGAGAAGAUUAUGAUCAAUAAAAUCUACGGCUAUCUACAAACUCGAAUCAUUUUCUUCCUAAUGAACAUCCAUAACAAGUACCGUACCAUUUAUUUUGCUCGAUCCGGACAAUCGCUUAUCGAACACUCUUAUAAAGCUGAUUCAGACUUAUCUGAAGCUGGAUGGGAGUACUCGGAGAAGCUAAUGAAUUUUGUACUACAGCGGCGUGAAAAGCACCUCGCUGAGCGCAAAAAAUUAGGGACAGCAGUUGAUGAGAACAAGAAACUUACGAUUUGGACUUCUACGCGCCGUCGCUCCCACCAUACUGCCUGGCCCUUCCAAAAGUUGGGGUAUCGGGUCGUCGAGAAGAACCAGAUGUGCGAAAUUAAUCCAGGUGUUUGGGACGGCCUGUCCCCAGAGUUGGCACGGGAGAGAUACCCAGACGAGUGGGCUAGAUUCUUGCGUGACCCCUAUGCGCACCGCGCUCCUCGCGCCGAAAGCUACCACGACCUAUGUGUGCGUCUCGAACCCAUUAUUGUGGAGCUUGAGCAUGAGCAAGACGAUCUACUAAUCAUUACUCACGCAUCCGUUAUUCGCUGCCUGCUUGCUUAUUUGAUCGGAUUACCUUCCUCUGAAGUGCCGGCGGUGGAGAUCGCACGUGGUGACUUGAUCCAAGUCACGCCGACAUCUUACGGCGUACACAGUGAGGCAUUCCACUUUUGGUCAGGACCUGAAGGACAUCCAACGGAAUACGAAAAUUACGCCGAGUCAACCAUGGGGAAGAGUGACAUCCCUACUAUCGAAGAACAAGAGGAAACGCACAGUGUUAAGAGCGUUGACGAGGCGAAGACCUUCUCCGAGGCUGCUGCUAUUCAGAAAGCUACCGACACCGGCGAUACCGUCUUCACGCUACCAGUCAGUGGACUAUAG